AUGCAUUGCUCGGAUUUGAACUACCAUUUCUAUCUCAGUUAUGCCCAUUGUUCCAGAAGUUGCAUUUUUUUUUCACUUUAUAUUUCUGCCCCUGUGGUAGUUACCAUGCCGAGGAAGAAGCGAAUUGAUCAUCCGGGAAGAGGCGAGGGCCCUGACUCCCAGGAGACUGAAGGAGGACAUGGCCGUGUCCAACAUCCACCAAGACAACAUCCACAGCAGCAAGGUGGAGUAAGAGGAUGGGGACAACAGCGUGGAGGGUAUGGUGGCCACGGUGGGAGAGGUGGAAGAGUCUUUCCGCAACAGUAUUAUGGUGGGCAUCCUGAAUAUCAGCAAGGGAGGGGUGGUCGGCAGUAUCAAAGGGGGGCACCCCCUCAGUGCCGUGGUGGCAUUGGAGGUGGCCAUGGGGCUCCUGCUGGUGGGCUGUUCGGGCCACCAGCUCCCGAGCUGCACCAAGCAACCCAGGUCCCAUAUCAAGCUGGGGUGACAACUCAUCCAUUGCCAUACCAGAGGCCUGCACAGACACACGCUGAGGCUCGUUCAUCAUCCCAGCCACAUGAGGCAACUUCUUCACAAGUGACACAACAAAUCCAGCAGCAAGUUAUCCAGCUAGAAGCAUCUCCUCGCGAUUCAAUGCAACCUGCAUCGAGCAAGUCAAUGGGAUUUCCUCUACGGCCUAGCAAGGGUAGCUAUGGUACCAAGUGUGUUGUGAAGGCUAAUCACCUUUUUGCCGAGUUGCCUGACAAGGACUUCCAUCAUUAUGAUGUAUCAAUUAACCCUGAGAUCUCAGACCGUGACGUUAAUCGUGCUGUGAUACAGCAAUUGGUGAAGCUUUACCGGGAAUCGCAUUUGGGACAGAGGCUUCCUGCCUAUGAUGGAAGAAAGAGUCUUUACACUGCUGGGCCUCUCCCUUUUGUCUCAAAAGAGUUCAAGAUCAUCCUUAUUGAUGAAGAAGAUGGUCCAGCCAGCGCUAGGCGGCAGAGGGAGUUCAAGGUCGUGAUCAAGUUUGCUGCACGUGCUGACUUGCAUCAUUUAGGGAUGUUUUUGCAGGGAAGGCUAGCUGAUGCGCCACAAGAAGCUCUUCAGGUUUUGGACAUUGUUCUCCGUGAAUUGCCAACUACCCGUUUUUGUUCGGCUAGCCGCUCAUUCUAUUCCCCUCAUUUAGGGAGAAAGGAGCCUUUGGGUGAAGGGCUGGAAAGUUGGUGUGGUUUCUACCAAAGUAUUCGCCCAACUCAGAUGGGGUUGUCCCUGAACAUUGAUAUUUCCUCUACUGCUUUCAUUGAGCCACUCCCAGUGAUUGAUUUUGUCACACAGCUUUUGAAUAGGGAUGUUUCGGCUAGACCACUGUCUGAUGCUGAUCGAGUAAAGAUCAAGAAAGCAUUGAGAGGAGUGAAGGUGGACGUUACUCAUCGAGGAAAUAUGCGCAGGAAAUACCGCAUCUCUGGUUUGACAUCGCAAGCAACACGAGAGCUAAUAUUUCCGGUUGAUGAAAGGGGCACAAUGAAAUCCGUGGUCGAACACUUUCGAGAGACUUAUGAGUAUGUCAUUCAAUACACUCAGUUGCCUUGUCUACAAGUUGGAAAUCCACGGAGACCAAACUAUUUGCCAAUGGAGGUGUGCAAGAUUGUGGUGGGGCAGAGGUACUCUAAGAGGUUGAAUGAGAAACAGAUUACUGCACUCCUGAGGGUCACAUGCCAGCGUCCCAGCGAUAGGGAGCGUGAUAUUCUUCAGAUUGUGCAUCAUAAUGCUUAUUCAGAGGACCCUUACGCUAAAGAGUUCGGGAUUAAAAUUAGUCAAAAACUGGCUCAAGUUGAGGCUCGCAUUCUGCCCGCUCCCUGGCUUAAAUAUCACGAUUCUAGUCGGGACAGGGACUGUUUGCCACAAGUUGGGCAGUGGAACAUGAUGAACAGGAGGAUGAUUAAUGGAGGCACUGUCAACAGUUGGAUCUGCAUUAACUUCGCCCGCAAUGUGCAAGACAAUAUGGCACAAAGCUUUUGUCAUGACCUUGCUCAAAUGUGUAUUACUUCUGGCAUGGCCUUCAACCCUGAACCUAUUCUACCAGUUUUCAGCGGCCGGCCUGAUCAGGUAGAUAGAGUCUUGAAAGCUAGAUUUCGAGAUGUCAUGGCAAAGCUGCAGCAUCAUGGGAAGGAGCUUGACUUGCUAAUUGUCAUAUUACCAGACAAUAACGGACCCCUUUAUGGUGAUCUGAAAAGAAUAUGUGAGACCUAUCUUGGUAUUGUCUCACAGUGCUGUCUGCAAAAGAAUGUGUACAAGGCGAACAAACAACAAUAUCUUGCAAAUGUAGCACUGAAGAUAAACGUGAAGGUUGGAGGGAGAAACACUGUGCUGGUCGAUGCACUCACUAGGCGUAUCCCUCUUGUCAGUGACCGACCUACGAUUAUUUUUGGAGCCGAUGUUACACAUCCCCAACCUGGCGAGGAUUCUAGCCCAUCCAUUGCUGCCGUUGUUGCUUCCCAGGACUAUCCAGAGAUCACAAAAUAUGCUGGGUUGGUUUGUGCCCAAGCUCAUAGGCAAGAGCUCAUCCAAGAUUUGUUUAAAACCUGGCAAGAUCCUGUUAGAGGAUCUGUGACGGGUGGUAUGAUCAAGGAACUACUCAUUUCUUUCCAUAAAGCAACUGGACAGAAACCACAGCAGAUUAUUUUCUAUAGGGAUGGUGUCAGUGAAGGGCAGUUCUAUCAAGUUCUGCUUUAUGAACUUGAUGCCAUCCGUAAGGCGUGUGCAUCUUUGGAACCAAACUAUCAACCCCCAGUUACAUUUGUUGUGGUUCAGAAACGUCAUCAUACAAGGUUGUUUGCCAGUAACCAUAAUGAUAGACAUGCUGUUGACAAGAGUGGAAAUGUAUUGCCUGGUACCGUAGUAGAUUCUAAGAUAUGCCAUCCUACUGAGUUUGAUUUCUACCUCUGCAGCCAUGCUGGGGUGAAGGGUACCAGCCGGCCAUCACAUUAUCAUGUGCUAUGGGAUGAAAAUAAGUUUACAGCUGACGCCCUCCAGUCCCUCACAAAUAACCUAUGCUACACGUAUGCGAGGUGCACCCGCUCUGUUUCCGUUGUACCUCCUGCAUACUAUGCACAUUUGGCUGCAUUUCGUGCACGUUUCUACAUGGAGCCUCAUAUGUCCGACAGAGGGUCAAUGACUAGUGGUGUAGCUGGUGGCCGUGGAGAAGGUGGUGGUGCUAGGAGUGCGAAGGCUGCAGCAGCCAAUGCUGCUGUGAAACCUCUACCCCAGCUCAGGGAGAACGUGAAAAGAGUGAUGUUUUAUUGUUGA